GGUCCAGAUUUCGAUUCGUGUAAUAUCAGAAGCGAGAUUUUACCUUUGAUAUAAGAGAGGAUGGUCGGCAGUGGCGCUAGGGUUUCGAUUCCGGCCAGUACUCGGAAGAUGAUUCAGAACAUCAAGGAGACCACUGCUGGGAACUAUAGCGAGGAUGAGAUUCUCGCAAUGCUUCAUGAAUGUAACAUGGAUCCUGAUGAGACCGCUCAACGCUUACUUCUUCAGGAUCCAUUCCAUGAGGUUAAAAAAAAGCGUGAUAAGAGGAAAGAGAACAUCAACAACAAGGAUUCUGCUGAAUCACCAUGGAGAUCUGGUGGAGGGGGGCGUGGUAGCAGGGGUGGUCGGAUGAAUUUCUCUUCUCGUCAUGCAUCAAAUGAUGCUGCUGGUGCAAAGAAUUCUUUCAGAAAAGAAAACGGUCCAAAGCAGGUCACUGAUCCAUCAACUUCAACCUCUCAAGAGAUAAAAACGAAAGAUAUGGCUUUGGUCUCCAGCCAUUCAGCUGUGAUGGGUAAAAGUACUGUUGGUCCGACAUCAGGAAGCUCUGAUGUUCGCCAUUCUUCCAACCUACCAGCUAGUUCAGGUCAACUGAAAGCUACUGGAUCUUCAGUGCCCUCAAAUAACAUUGAUGGUGCACCGUCUCCUGUGGAAUUAAGCAAAAAUCGUGUAGCAGUUGGCUCAAGGGAUGUGCAUACUGAGCAGAAGUCAGUUGAUUCUCUGCCACUCCCUCGUCCAUCCUCUUCUGAAGUUCGAUUCACAUCUUCAAAUCCCAAAUCAGAGCAAACAGCACAUGAACAGCACAUUGGAGAAAGCAAGUCCCAUGCCAGAUCCCGUGGGGUUGGGAAGACUGCCGUGAAUGAUACUUAUGUUCCGAGGCCUGCUUCGUCUCAUAGCAACAGCACGGGUAGUCGACCUUCUUCUAACUACAGUAAUCGGUCACAUCAGACUGUUGGUCCUCAAAGAGGUGCUGGUUCCAUUAAGGAAUGGAAACCGAAGCCAGUGAACCAUAACACUACCCAGGGCUCUGGUGCAUCAUCUACAGGUGAAACCCUUGCAGUUCCUACUGAAUCCGGUGACAAAUCUGUUGAAGAUGUUAUCCCUUCAGCAGAGGCCACAUCCAGAUUGCAGAGACAGCUUGAAGACUUGCAGAUUCAACGUCAGCAUGUUAUUAUUCCAAACCAUAUUCUUGUUCCAGAGGCUGAACGAACCAAGUUAAGCUUUGGAAGCUUUGAUGCUGGCUUUUCUAUUACGUCUAGCUCAGUAGCCUGUCCUCAGAGUGAAAAGAGAUCUGCACCUCUCUCUCAUAAUUCGCAGGAAGUUGAAGAAAGUUUUGAAGAGGAGGAAUUUAGGCACCCAACUGUCCAUUCGACUGAAAAGGAAGAGGACAAUAGUGUUUAUUCCGAGUCACCUUCACAAGUUCCAGAUAAUAUGGCUGGUGAAGGUAUUACAGCAACAAAUGUAGCUCCAGAGUAUGAUGUCACCAAGCAAGAGAAUAUGUUGGAGUCCGAAAGCAAUCAAAACUCUUUUGACCAUGUUCCAAGUAAUAUUACCGGGCUUGUUCCUGGGAGCGAACAUCCACAAUUUGAGACUGCUGACCCUCAAGCACGUGAUGCUCUUCGUAUUCCCAAUUUUGUGGUCCAACCACCUUUUGAUACGGCGAGUUACUAUGCUCAAUUCUACCGCCAAGGUCCUGACAGUGAUGGCCGUGUUUCUCCCUUUGUUUCCCCAGGGGUUGCCUCCAAAUUUAAUGGGAAUGUUACAGUAAUGCCUCCGCAUUCAUCUCAAACCAUGCAAGAGGGUGGAAAUAACUUAGUUCUGUCUACUGCUAGUCCACCACCACUGGUAACUCAGGCUGCUGGACUAAUGCAGAGCUCUAUACCUGUCACGCAGCAGCCUGUUCCUGUUUUCCGCCCCCCGGGUUUACAUAUGUCGCAUUAUCCACCAAACUACGUGCCAUAUGGAUACUUCUCCCCAUUCUAUCUACCUCCCCCUACAAUGCACCAAUACUUAAGCAAUGGUGCAUUUGCUCAGCAACCUCAGGCAAGCGGUGUAUAUCCUCCACCCCCUGGAGCUGCAACAGGAGGCAAAUACACACUCCCUCAUUACAAGCCUGGGACUAAUACAGGAAACAUGACUCAUGUCGGUAUGCCUGGUGGUUAUGGACCAACAUAUGGGUCCUUCCCAGCAGGAUAUAAUCCCACCUCUGCUGCAUCAGCCGGGAAUUCGACUUCCAAUGAGGAUCUCAACUCAUUGCAGUUGAAAGAAAACAACGGCUACAGCACAACAGGGCAACAGAGUGAAGCGUUACCUGUAUGGGUUACUGGACCAGGACGAGAUGUGUCAAGCUCUUUCUAUGGUUUACAGCACCAUGGGCAACACGUGACUUACGCUCCAGCACAAGCUGGUCACGUCGCGUACCCAGGUAUGUACCAUCCGGGACAAGCAGUAACAGCAACAGGAGUUCAUCAUCCGCUUUUACAACAGUCUCAAGGUGUGGCUGGAGCUGAAAUGGUUGCACCUGCGCCUAACGUUUUCCAACAGCCUCAGCAAACACAAAUGAAUUGGCCAAGUAAUUACUGAAACAGGAAGUAUAAAGGAGAAAAAGAUUU